AAGUUCGGCUCUUUUCAGAGAGCCGGCUCUUUUGGCUCAGCUCCCAAAGAAGAGCCGGCUCUUUCGACUCCCGAACGGCUCUUAAUUGAGGAUUUUUUUGUAGGCCUUUAUUUUACCAUAACUUUGCAAAAAUUAAUGGUUUGUGUGUUGAAAACCCUUUCAUGUGCAGUAUUUUUAUGAGAAUCCUUAUAAUUGCCUAAUUUUGUGCAUUUAUUUUGUUACACAACCAUUCUUUUGUUUGUUUUGUUUAAUAUUUUAAUCAAACAUUUUAUUGCACAAAUUAACAACAAAACAGCAAAUAAAUCCACAGAACAGAACUAGAACCAAACUCAAGCAAACAGUAUAAAUGUCCUCAGUGAAGAUUGGCAUUCAAAAAAAACAGAUGCCUCAGCUUUGAUGGACUGAUCCUAUUUCUUCUUUCUGUGAUUAUCUGCCCUGUUUCACCCCCCUCCCCCUCCCCUCUCUGUUUUUACAUAAUGUUAUGAUCCCAUAUCCUCACAUCUAAUUGGCCGCGAUGCGAUUGCUGACCAAUCAAAACAAAGUUCUGCCUUGAGGUAAGCGGCGAAAGGAAAAAAAACUGGGAGCCGGCUCUCACUCGAUGCGAGCCGGCUCUUCUGAUUCACUACAAAGCAUCGGCUCUCAGAGCCGCAUCUUUUGCGCAUGACACAUCGCUAUUGGACAUGUAAUUACCGGUUGCGGGAGGUCACCUGGCUGCGUCAGAAAGCUAUACCUGAUGCAGACCAUUUAUUCAAUUUGCGGCUGUUGAGACGGUGGAAGGAACUGCUGUGUUGUAUUUUAAAGACUUCGCAGUAUUAAAGCGCUGAAGGAUUUAUUUUACAAGACUUUUAGCGUGUCUAAUGGCGUGUGCAAGGACUGUGCGAUUGGGAGUUAUCAUUUUUCUUUGUGAGGUAUUGUCGCAUGGAUAUGCAGAGGAGUCGACAUGUACGCCUGGGUAUGAGUCGGAGUUAUUCGUUUUUAAAGUCCACAGAGAUCACCUUCAUAGGGGAAAAAGACUAGGAAGAGUAACUUUCAAUAACUGCGAUGGAAGAACAAGAACCCUCUUUCAGUCCGUUGACAAGCGGUUUGAUGUGAAUACGGAUGGGACUGUAAUGCUGCAGAGACAAGUGACUCUUCAUGACGGCCACAAGGUGUUUUCUGUGCACGCUUGGGACUCCAGUGGCAAGAAGCACACUGUAUCUGUCAAAGUUGAGCAUAUCCGCCAUCAUAAGGAGCAUCACAUGGAUACAGUCAUGAACAUCUCUCCAGAGAUGGAAUUGCCCUCUGAUCAGGUUCUGACUUUUCCAAAGUCUUCAAAGAGAGCAAAGAGAGGUUGGGUUAUACCUCCAUUCCAUGUACCUGAGAAUAGCAGAGGUCCGUUCCCAGUGAAGCUGGUCCAGAUAAAGUCAGACUAUGCCAAGGAAACUCAAAUGCAAUACAGCAUCACCGGUGAAGGGGCAAAUGAGGACCCAAAGGGAAUUUUCACUGUUGAAAGAUUAUCAGGGAAUCUCCUUGUGACUCAGCCACUUGACAGAGAAAAAAAAGCUUCAUACAGACUUAUAGCUCAUGCUACAGCACGUGAUGUGAGUAAUAUAGAAGAAAAACCAAUGGAAAUUGUCAUCAACGUGAUCGACCAAAAUGAUAAUAGGCCUGUGUUUACUCAAAAUCCUUUUAAUGGACAUGUUCAUGAAGCUGCUGGAAAAGGUUAUGAGUUUAUGACGGUCACAGCCACUGAUGCAGAUGACCCAGAAACGAACAAUGGUAUAGUCAGCUAUGUGAUUGUCAGCCAAGAGCCACAAUUUCCAAAACCAAACAUGUUUGAUAUCAACAUUUUAUCUGGAACCAUUCGUGUGCGAGAACCAGGCAUGGACAGAGAGCAAUGGCCCAGAUAUACUUUGUUAAUAGUGGCCGCUGACAUGGAAGGAGAAGGUUUGGCAACCACUGGCACAGCUGUUAUUACUGUUACUGACAGCAAUGAUAACCCACCACAGUUUGAGCAAACUUUGCACACCGUAUCCAUCCCAGAGAAUGAAUUAGGGGCUAUAGUGGCCAAACUUACAGUUACUGAUGGAGAUGAAGUUGGAUCACCUGCCUGGUCAACCAAGUAUCGGAUUAUUAGUGGUGACAAGGGUGGGUUUUUCAGCGUCAGUACUGGACCCAGCCAGCUGGAGGGCAUCAUCACCACUGUAAAGCCCCUGGACUUUGAGAAGACAAAGCAAUACGUUCUGUCUGUGGUUGUUGAGAAUGAUGAUCCUUUUGUUGGUUCUUUGCCCACUUCCACUGCCACAGUCACUGUCAAUGUAGAAGAUGUGAAUGAGCCUCCCGAGUUUAAUCCAAAGGAGAAGGUUAUUUUCAAACCUGAAGAUUCACCAGUUGAUACUGUAUUGGUUACGUAUACAGCCACUGAUCCAGAUACUGGAAAAUCACAGAAAAUGACGUAUAAAAUGUGGGCUGAUGAUGCUGGCUGGCUAAGUGUGUCUCCAGAGACUGGAGUGAUCAAAGUGAGGAACCUUAUGGAUAGAGAAUCUGCCUAUGUCAAAGAUGGCAAAUACAGAGUUAUCAUAUUGGCCGUGGAUGAUGCGACAUCUCCAGCGACUGGCACAGGAACCCUGGUAAUUGAAUUGGAGAAUGUAAAUGACAACGCUCCUAUUAUUAAUGAAAGCAAUAUAACAAUUUGUAAUCGUGGAUCAGCCCCAUUUCUUCUCUCUAUAACGGACAAAGAUGGACCUCCUUUUGGUGCACCCUUUAGUGUUGAGACCCAAGGAGAAACCAGUAAAAACUGGUCCACCUCGAUGAAUGACACAUCAACUGGUGUUUUUCUGCAACUCAAGUCUACAUUGGAGCAAGGGGACUACAAUGUAGUCCUGAGAGUUUAUGAUCAACAUAGGCUGUAUCAGGACAGCUCCAUUCAAGCAACUGUGUGUGACUGCACAGGAGAUCAAGUCCUGUGUGCCAAAAACCGGUUAGGGGGGCUGCCACUAUCUGGAGUACUUGGGAUCCUGGGAGCAAUCUCGACUCUGCUGCUGCUCGUUCUUCUGCUUUUAUUCCUGAGGAGGAAAAGCAGUACCAAAAAAGAACUCCUCCUUCCUGAAGAUGAUGUAAGAGACAACAUCUACUAUUAUGAUGAGGAAGGCGGUGGAGAAGACGAUCAGGACUAUGAUUUGAGUGCGUUGCAUCGGGGCUUGGACAGCAGACCUGAAGUGUUCCGAAAUGAUGUGGCGCCCACUUUCCUGUCAGCACCUCAGUAUAGAAAACGACCAGGCAAUCCUGAGGAGAUUGGGACAUUCAUUGAUGAUAAUCUGAAGGCUGCGGAUAACGAUUCCAACGCACCCCCAUACGACUCCCUCCUGGUGUUUGACUAUGAAGGAGGUGGCUCUGAUGGGGGUUCACUCAGCUCCCUCAACUCUUCCAGCUCAGGACAGGACCAAGACUAUGACUUCCUCAAUGAGUGGGGCCCACGCUUUAAGAAGCUGUCGGACAUGUUUGGAGGAGGAGAGGAUUAAGAAUUUAAUAUUUUCUUUUUUUUUUUUCUUUUUUUUGUCCUCUGCGUAAGAGCCACAUUGGUUUAAAAGUGCAAAAAUAUGAGACCAUUUUGUACUUUAAUUUAUGGUCUGGUGAAUUCCAUACUAUGUUUAAAGUUGGAACUGAAAUAAUAGCACUGUUCUUGCAUCAGCAUAAACAAAAAGAUUCUUUGAGUUGAAGUGUUCUUUUAAUGGGAGCAGUCUUACGAGGAACUUGCCUCUCCCCCUCCCCCUCCCCCUCCCAACUGAAAAGACAAUAUUUGCUCUGAUUGCUCAGUAGGUAAACGGCUAUAAUAUGGCUUAGGAUGUUUGUCCAGAGCUCUUUACCUGUAUAUUUAAUGUAAUGCUUUUUGAAAAAUGAGUUUUUUUUUCAACAUUUUAACUUUGGCAUUAAAGAUUGAUCUAAAGCAUGAAUUAUACUGUAAAUUUACCAUUUUUGAAAGGCACUGAUUUUUCAAACUUUUUGUAUGAUAUUUUUAGGCGUCUUCUGUCUUUUUUUUUAAUAAUUUUUUUACCUCUCAGCUGCAAGAAUCUUGACUGAUUUAGGCAUUGUUUUACACUGCAUAUUUUAUUAAACAAAUUUGUUUUA